AUGGCGGUGGGGGAGCUCCUGGGCCGCCUGGGGGGGUCCCGUGGGGGUCGCGCCCCCCCCCAGCGCUGGGCUCAGAGCUGCGAGCGGGGGGGCGCCGCUCCGGAGGCUGCUGCGCUUCCUCGGCGUGUUCUCCUUCGGCCUCCUGGCCACGGCCAUCUUCGCCAACGCGGGCCAGGUGGUUCUGGGGACCCCCGCCCCACAUUUCCUCGCCGUCUGCCGCCCCAACUACAGCGCGCUGGGCUGCGCCCCCCUCCCCCGGGACCCCCGGGACCCCCGGCGGGACCCCCGGGACCCCCGGGACCCCCUCCCCAGUUCGUGCCCCCGGGGGGCUCCCCCUGCUCCGGGGACCCCCCCGGCCGUGGCCGCCGCUCGCCGCGACUUCCCCUGCAAGGAGGCGGCGCUCGGAGCCUACGCGGGGGCGUUCGCGGGGCUGGCCAAACCCGCGGCCGUGCUGGGCUUCGCCGCCCCCCCGUUCCUGCUGGGGGCGCUGCGCGUGGCCGAGCACCGCAACAGCUGGGGAGGGGUCCUGGGGGGCUUCCUCUGCGGCACCGCCAUCGCCGCCUUCCUGGUCACGUGCGUGGUCGGAAACUUCCAGAACGCGGGGGGGGAUUCGGGCUGGGCGGGGACCCCCCGAGCCCCCCCCGAGCUGCCCCCCCAGAACGCCCAACCCCCCCUGGAGGAGAUCAGCGUCAGCCAGGUGCGUCGGGCGGAGUUCCCAGCGGUGACCUGA